UACCUCCUUUUUUUGAUGAUGGUGAUGCUCCUUGCUGUUCUACACUUUGUUUGCCUACUUUAAUGUGAGUUAUUGGCUUGUUAAUUUGGUUGGUUUUUAAGUGUCUUUCUUUGUCAUCACAAAGGCAAUGUUGCAAACUAGUGCGUUAUCUUAUACUUCUAUGUUCUUAUGAAAUCGCAUCUUUUUUUAGUGUAAUAUUCAUUUGUAAUUGGGGAAAUAAGGAAAAAAUCAAAUAGAUGAAAGAACUAAGUGAAUAAGAUGAAUAGAGAAAAUAAGUUUGUGGAUGACAUGAGAUUAAAAAAGGGGAAUGAGACAUCACCAAAAAAAGGAUUUGGUGCCAAGUAUGAUAAACUUUAAUAGAAAUAUCUGAAAUGGCAUAGGGACAUAGGGAGUAUUAUCAAGACUCUUAUUGAGUGAUUUUAUUCUAGGAGCAUGUAUAAUGUGUGACAUGAUUGUGGCUUAUCAAAUUGUAAUGGUGUAGGAGAUAUAUUUGUUGGAUUAUAUUUGAUGCAAUUAAUUAAAUUUAAGUUACAAUUAUCUAACACUCAAUAAGAGGAUCUCAAGCAUAACAACAAUAUGAACCAAGUUUUUUUUACUUGUCCAAUAAUCCAAUAUUAUUUGUCCAAUUAUAAUAUUUAUCCUUUAGCAAGUAAAUAGUAAUUACUAAAGUGCUGCAUUUAUUUAUUUUAUAAUAUAGUCCUAAUUAUAUUUAUUAAUUGUUGGAAACGUUUUAUGACACAUUUCCUUCAAUAUUCCUCAAUCGGUUAAAGCAAAGAACUCAUUGUGCACUUGAAAUUUGAAAGUAAGUUACAUCUUACUAAAAGUUAGUAUAUAUAGCUGUGUUAAUGACAUAUUAUGUUAUGUGUUAUAAUUUCUUUUUUUUUUAUAUUGUUUUAUGAUUGUGUGAGACCUUUGUAUUUCAUUUGUGUUAGUUAUAUUUGAAAUAUGUUUAAUAUCAUUUUUAGACCUUAUAUAGACUAGUGGCAGAGAAUCCUUUUGUGCACAUAUUCCCCGUUUCAUUUUUCUCAUUCUUUUAUUACAUAUCAUUAGUCGCAAUGCCUCACAUUUGGAAAAUUUGAUAUUAGUUGCAAUAUCUCCAUUUUGUGUAUUCUUUCUAGACUUACUUUCUACUAUAUUCCCCUUGUGCAGUAGAGGACCUAGAAUUUAAAAGAAGGGGUUGCAAAGCUUUCAAUGUAUGUUCCAUAAGUAUAUUUAUUAGGAAUUACGCUAGCUUUCUUCAUAUUUUGGAAAACAAUCAAUAACUUCCUCUAAAUGACCCUUCGAACGAAACGCCUUGAUCAUGAGAUUGAAAGUGUAGACGGGUUGGAUCUAUGUAUGGGCCUCCCCGGGCACGUGCCCCAGGCAAAUUUUUUAAAUUAAAAUUUUUUUUUCGAAUUUCACGGGGUUUGAAACACGAUUUCCUGAAUAGCACGGGCCUAUCCCUUCUCUCUAAUCUUUACUCUAACAAAACCUAAAAAAACUCAUCAUUUAGCCCUUGCCUCAGUCGAAAGUCGAGUGUCGACAGUCCUCUUCUACUCCUCUUUACAAAAAACCCUGAAAAUUGAAAUUACAUUUGGUUAGUUUGAUCUGAUUUAAAUUGUAGUUUUAGUUCAUUUUUAACAUAAAUUUAUUGGUUGAGCUCUAUGAUGAUUCUCAAAACUAUUGAAUUAUUCAGAAGGAUAACAAUUACGCCUAAAAAGCUGGUUUUUUAAUUGUUGGUGAAAAGUUUAUGUCUUUGAUUUAUGUUCAAAGGAGAAAAUGUUAGUUAGAAGAUCAAUAGUGUGUGAAUUGUGAAAGGUUUUAGCUUUUUUCAAUUAAUAGUCAAUUUGUUUUGGGUUUUAACAUAUAUUUCUCAAUUGACAGUACUUAAGCCAAUCAAUUACGCAUAGGUAGAUUGUUAGGUUUUUGUUGAUUUUCCUAUGUAGAUCAACCGAUUGGCCGUUCGUGCACAGUAAGUCAUUGUUUUGGUUGAUGAAUAUUGAAUUGGCUUGAUUUGUUUGCUAUUAACAAGAAUAUGAGCUGUUUAUUGGUGUCUUAUUUUAGAUUUAAAAGUUCUGUGGUGUGGUUUAUGGAACUUUUGAAUGUAGAAGAUGAAAAAUAGUACGAGUCUACAAUUUUUUUCUGGAAAGAUUUUUUUGGUUAAUUAGAAAUAUAUAUUGCUUCUUGGAUGAGCAAUUCUUGGAUGGGAAGACUCUUAUUGAACUUUCUAUAAAACAUGUUGAGACAAAGAAGCAUGAAAUUGAUUCAGAUGUCUACAAGCUGUUGAAAUUGGUAUUGCUUCUUCCAAUGAUGACAGCGAGUCUCGAAAGAUCAUUUUUCGGAAUGAAUCAUAUUUUAGUUGUUAAUUAUACAAAUGAAAUUCUGUCAAAAUUUCGUCUAUUCAUUGGUGCCCCAGUGGACUCCGAAUCCAGGAUCCGCCACUGAGUGUAGAUGUUGGGGGUUCAAACUCAUCCUCAUGUAUUGUUGGUAUGUAGCCACUUCCAUGUCAAGCUUCCCCUUCUUAUACAAGGCAAAAAACUUUGCCUUUAUAUUUGAAACAAAACGUCAAUAGAUUCAUCAAACAUACCCAUACUUGCAUAGGCCUUGACUAGGGCAUCAAUAUCUUUAACCUUUAAAUUAGUCCUUUCGACCUUAAAGCUCUCCAAAAAAAACUUUCAGAAACUCUAAUGCUUUGUUCGUCAUCACGUCCAUCACGCCCACCAUCAGUCUAUCUUUACUGCUCGGAUGCUGCCCGCAUUGCCAAUGUACAACCACCAUUCAUCCACGCCGCCGACCACCAUCUGUUCAUGUCUCCGCCCUCCACAUUGAUGAAUGUGUUGAAGAUAGUAAAAUGGUUAUAUGAUUAUGGGUGUGGAAGACAUCAACUAAAUCUGGUUUCACGUAUUAUGUUCUCUUCUGGAGCAGUUGAAGCUUUCAACUGCUCCUAUAAGCUCCACUGCCUGCUGUGUAGAAGAGCAGUCUCUGGUAGAUAUUUGAGCAAUUGUCUCUUUACUCGCCACAGUUCUGCUUUUGCAGAUGUCCAGUUGUGUCCUCGGUCAACGGAUUCCAGUUCUGAUGCACUUACAUUUUCCUCUGCUCGUAGAAGUGGUGAUGGUUAUAGCUAUAUUGAUUUUGAGGAUCCUUGGCAUAAAUUAUCCUCCUAUGGGGUCAUUGAUAUCCCGAAGAACUUUAAAAGGGAGCCAACUCAAGAACAUAGGUUUCAACAUAAUGUGAAUAUUUAUGUCUCAAUCACUAAAAGAUUGUGCAGUCGGGGUUCUACUAGAAAAUUGGAAGCUUUAUUUUUGGAUGUUAUUAAGUCAAAUAAGGAAGAACUGGGCUUUGAUAUUCCAGAAUUCUUGGAUAUUUUUUUGGAGAACCUUGAGCUUGAAAGGACUAAUUCAAUGGUUAAAGUAGCUGAUGUCUUAGUCAAGGUCUAUGUCAGUAUGGGUAUGUUUGAUCAAUGUAUUGAUGUUUUGUUUCAAACACAAAGGCAUGGUAUAUUGCCUAGUAUAUUAACAUGUAACUAUCUUUUGAACCAGUUGAUUCAACAGGAUAAGCUUGACAUGGCAGUGGCUACAUACCAACAAUUGAAGAGGAUGGGUUUGAACCCCAACAUCUACACUUACAAUCUCAUGAUCAAGGCCUUUUGUAGGAUGGGUCAUUUAAAGGAAGCAGUUAAUUUUUUUCUGGAGAUGGAGAAAGCUGGCGUAAUUCCUAAUGAAUAUUCAUAUACGACCUACAUUGAAGCACUUUGCUCAUUUAACAAAUCAGAUGCAGCUUAUGAACUGCUUAAAGCUUGUAGGGAUUCUGGUGUUAUUUCUUACGGUUUUUCUUAUGAGGUUGUGGUUCAGGGCUUCUGCAAUGAGAAUAAAUUGAGUGAAGCUGAGACUGUUUUGCUCGACAUGGAGAAUCAAGGUUUGACCCCAAAUGUGAAUUGCUUUGGUCCCUUAAUUCACGCAUAUUGUAAGAGAGGAAAAAUUCUAAACGCAUUUUCCCUUGAAAGUCACAUGCUGUCUAAAGGUGUGAAAUUAAAUUGUGUUAUUGUGAGUUAUAUUCUUCAAUGCCUAUGCUUGAUGAGAUCUUUUACCGAGGUUCUCAAUCGUUUCAAAACAUACAGAGACACAGGGAUUUUUCUUGAUGAAAUUUGUUAUAACAUUGUGGUUGAUGCAAUGUGUAAAUUGGGCAGAGUUGAAGAAGGCUUGGAGCUUAUUGUAGAGAUGAAGCACAAAAACUUGGCCCCAGAUGUGAAACAUUAUUCAACUCUAAUAAAUGGCUAUUGUCUUAAGGGAAAACUACUUGAGGCUUGUGAUGUUUUUAAAGAUAUGAAGACUAAUGGUAUUGAGCCUGAUAUAAUUACUUACCAUAUACUUGCAGGUGGAUUGGCUAGAAAUGGCUAUGAAGAAGAGAUUUUACACUGUCUUGACUACGUGAAGGGCCAAGGGUUGACACCUGACACUGUUAUGCAUAAUAAAAUCAUCGAAGGCCUUUGUAUAGGAGGGAAGGUAAAAGAAGCUGAGAAGUUUUUAUAUAGUUUGGAUAACAAGUGUCCGGACAAUUAUUCUGCUAUGAUUGAUGGCUAUUGUGAAGCAAAACUUGCACGAGAGGCUUUUAGUCUAUUUGUUAAUCUAAAAAAACAUGGAACUCCUUUAAAAAGGAAGACUUCCUUGAAUUUGCUAAGUUGCCUAUGUAUGAAUGGUGAAGUUGAUAGUGCGUUUGUGUUGUUUGAGACAUUUCUGGUCUUAGAAGAUAAUCUUUGCAUUAAAAUUCCCUCAAAGCUUAUGACCGCAUUGUGCAAUUCUGGAGAUAUAGAGAAGGCUAGACGAGUGUUUGACAUUUGGGUUGAUAGAGGUUUUAUUCCUGAUGUUGUAAUGUACACAAUAAUGAUGAAUGGAUACUGCAAGGCAAAUAGUAUUUUGGAAGCUUGGAAGCUUGCAAUUGAAAUGAAAGACAGAGGUAUAGAGCCUGACGUCAUCACUUUAACAGCUCUGCUUGAUGGGUUUUUGAAAUCAAGUUUGAAUAAGUCUGAUUCUGAUUUUAACAUUUCUCUGGGAGAGAAAGCUAAAAAGUUUGAAUCAAUUAUCAGGAGUAAAAUGUCGGAAAUGCAGCUGAAGCCUGAUCUUGCGUGGUAUACUGUGUUGAUUGACAAAUGUUGCAAGGUGAAUGAUAUUGAAGAAGCCAUGGUGCUGUUCCAUGAUCUGAUAGAUAAAGGUCUGCGGCCUGACGUGGUGACAUACACAACACUCCUUUCUGGUUGUUGUAGAGUACGUGAUAAGGAUAGAGCUUUGAUGCUUGUCAAUCUGAUGACUGCACAUGGAUUACAGCCUGAUCAAAUUGCGAAGUCAGCUUUGAAACGUGCUAUAUUCAAUAAUAUUCGUACAGUUUAGGCGCUGAGCUUGCCUGAGCAAGUUGAUGAUCGUUGCAGUUCCAGAUGAGAAAAUCUGAGUCAGGUUCGACGUUGAUCAAAGGUUAGUCAUAGCUAUGUUAGGUUUAGGAACCGUGGUGACAUACACAACACUCCUUUCUGGUUGUUGUAGAGUACAUGAUAAGGAUAGAGCUUUGAUGCUUGUCAAUCUGAUGACUGCACAUGGAUUACAGCCUGAUCAAAUUCCGAAGUCAGUUUUGAAACAUGCUAUAUUCAAUAAUAUUUGUACAGUUUAGGCGCUGAGCUUGCCUGAGCAAGUUGAUGAUCGUUGCAGUUCCAGAUGAGAAAAUCUGAGUCAGGUUCGAUGUUGAUCAAAGGUUAGUCAUAGCUAUGUUAGGUUUAGUUCCUAUAUGCUCCUUCUCUGGCCUCUUUUACUCCCUUGUAAAUAUCUUUUUGAGAUAUAUGUAGUAUUUUGGUGAAAUGAUUGUAGAUUUGAGUGAUCUUUUCUGUAAAAAUAAUAUGUAGGUUUUAUGUGUAUCUUUGAUGAUUCAUUAUUGAUAAAAGUAGUCUGGUAUAAGUUGAGAAGUAAUAUUCCUUAUGAAAAUGCCAAUUAUUGAUAAAAGUAGUCUGGUAUAAGUUGAGAAGUACUAUUCCUUAUGAAGAUGCCAAAUCUGGAGUUAUGGUCAUGGUCAUCGUCAUUGGCCUAGUAUCCCGUAUAAAGUCAGGGUUUGGGUGUGGAAGAGGUAGCGGACAUAUUAUUCUCGAGGAAUGCGCGCAAACAAUUAGCAGUUGGUGUUUGCUUGAAAAUUUGAAAAAAAAAGAUUUUUUAAUAACUUUAAUCAAAAAAUAAGCUUCGGCCAAACUUUAUUCCCAAAAUAAGCGUCUUUGAUCCCAAAGCUAGGCUCGGUAUGUAAUCGCUGUUACUAACAGCGAGUAUAAAGAAAUGGUCAAAAUUUUAGUCAAGUUAUAUGUCGCUGUUACUAACAGCGAAAUAAGGCUUUGACUGGUUAAUGGUCAAGUCGCUGUUAAUAACAGUGACUUUAGGUAGUACUGGUCCAAAAAGACUUCAAAGAAAAUUGAUGGUCUUUACCCACAGAAUGAAUACAUGAGAAUUCAAUUGCCUUUCUUGUUCUCUAUUCUUGUUUCUUU